AGAACCGCCACGUUUCGUUCGAACAGUGAGGGGCGAGACUUCUAGGGUUAGGGUUUUUCACUGCGUAACCUUCCCUUUCUGGAUUCGGAGAUUCUUCUAUUUGGGAUUUUUAUUUUUGAAGAUCCGGGCAUUGAUUUUUUUCGGUUCUUUGAUCUCUUAAUUUCAGAGUCGACUCGGUUUUUCCUUGUUGGAGACUCAGUCCAAGUUCUGGGCUUUAGCGCCCUGUGGAGGGUUAAAAUCCAUGAUCAUCUGUGUCCCAUGGACCCGUCUUCAGUUCAAACCAAUCCUUCCAUCGAAGAAGAUGAGUGGGACAAUGAUGGAUUUGUGAUUCCAAGCUUGGGAAUAGGAGAGCCUGAUCUAAGUAAAAGUGCAGCUCCAGAAUUAGAAGACUUGAAAGUAUCUUCUCCAAAGUUGUUUAUUGCCUUGGGACAGGAAAAAAAAGAAGAGAAUAUAUACCUGGGACCCCACGGAGCUCCUCCCUCACAAUCAAAGCAACAAGAGCAGAACUCCUCUGGCCGUAAGCAGCGGUUCAAGCAGAAGCUGAAGGAGGCAGAUCGGAAAAACAGUGGAACUGGGCGGGAGAAUAAAUUGGAGAAUCUGCGAGAGCUUGUGGGUAGCGGAAAAGGGCUUAACAACAUGUCGAAGGGCUCCACCAGGGAAUGGUUAGAUCCACAUUGCCACGAGUCUCAGUUUGAGAGGCAGUAUCCUCAAUAAGUGUGAGUUCGGUCUAAUAACUUGAGAUAAUUUCUGUGAGCUUUGAGAUAAUUUUUCUGUGAGAGCUUUUCUCUGGGCAACAAGACAAGACAAUAUUUAAGGUCAUGCGGUUUGAAAAUAAUCGGCGGGUUGGAUGUACUGGGCAAGCUAAUAUUAUAAAUGUGAUAUUUUUGUUACGUAUUUUAUUAUACUUUCCUGUAUUAUUUUUGUUGAUGACAAAAGGGUAUUUUCUUGAUUGGAUAAGUCAAUCCCAUUUUUUGUUCAUCGCAAUAAUAUGAUGAUGGAUAGUAUUUUCCAGCACCUCUGAUAUUUAAGAAUAUAAAGCUGUUCUAUGAGGAUUUUUCCGUGUGUGUGUGCACAGCCGCCCCAUUUUAGGAGAGGAAUUUUCAACUUCCUGCAUAUUCAAACGCUUUUCAGCAAUUAGACCAGAAGCUUGUGCUGGGGGAUGUUUAAGAGGCACCAUCGUCCCUUUUGUUUCCUGUUCCAAUGGCAGCAGAUAGAUAUUCAGAGGAGUGGAGUUUGUAUGUUUUCUUGUACUGAUCUGGUUCACUUGAGGAUGUUGAUUUAUGGAAAAACAGUGUUGAUUCACAUACACGAAUAAUGAAUAAAUAAAUUUGUAUUCUCUGUUUUA